AUGCCUGACAUCAACGUCGACGUCCUCGUUAUAGGCGCGGGGCCGACCGGUUUGGGUGCCGCCAAACGUUUGAACCAGAUUGAUUCUGCGUCGUGGAUGAUCAUCGAUAGCAAUGAGACACCUGGCGGUCUUGCAUCUACAGAUGUGACGCCUGAAGGCUUCCUCUACGAUGUCGGCGGCCACGUUAUUUUCUCUCACUACAAAUACUUCGACGAUUGUAUCGAUGAAGCUCUUCCCAAGGCAGACGAUUGGUACACCCACCAACGUAUAUCUUAUGUGCGAAUGAAGAGUCUCUGGGUCCCCUACCCGCUGCAAAACAACGUGUCUAUGUUACCUCAGGAGGAUAAAUUGAAGUGUGUGGAAGGCAUGAUUGACGCGGCGAUUGCCGCUCGUACAGCAACCACAAAACCAAAGGACUUUGAUGAGUGGAUUGUCAGAAUGAUGGGCGAUGGACUUGCAGAUCUGUUCAUGAGACCGUACAACUACAAGGUUUGGGCUGUUCCGACGACUAAGAUGCAAUGCGCAUGGCUCGGGGAGCGUGUUGCUGCACCAGAUGUCAAGACCUGUGUCCGAAAUGUUAUUCUCAACAAAUCUGCUGGGAAUUGGGGCCCAAAUGCAACUUUCAGAUUCCCAGCUCGUGACGGAACAGGUGGAAUCUGGAUUGCAGUUGCAAACACUCUACCUAAAGAAAAGACACUUUUCGGCAAGCAAGGAGAGGUCACCAAGGUCGAUGCUGAUGCUCACACGGUUACAUUGAAAACCGGAAAGACAAUUGGCUAUAAGAAGCUGAUUACUACAAUGGCCGUUGAUCAGCUUGUUGACUACAUGGAAGAUAAAGAGUUGGUGUCGCUGAGUAAAGGGCUUUUCUACUCAUCUACUCAUGUCAUUGGUGUUGGCAUUCGAGGCGCUCGCCCAGAAAGAAUUGGUGAUAAAUGCUGGCUUUACUUUCCUGAAGACGAUUGCCCAUUCUACCGCGCAACGAUCUUCUCCAACUACUCACCUUACAACCAACCUGACGAGUCUGUCAAACUCGCGACACAGUAUCUAGCUGAUGGAAGCAAGCCCAAGUCCACCGAGGCAAAAGAAGGUCCCUACUGGUCUAUCAUGCUGGAGAUUUCUGAAUCGUCCAUGAAGCCUGUCGACCAAGAUAAUCUCUUGAGGGAAUCAAUUCAAGGAUUGAUCAAUACUGAAAUGGUCAAUCCGGAUGACGAGAUCGUUUCUACAUAUCAUCGACGUUUCGACCACGGUUACCCAACUCCCUCCUUGGAGCGUGAGGGCGUACUGCAGGAGUUGCUUCCUAAGCUUCAAGAAAAGGACAUCUAUUCCAGAGGUCGCUUUGGUAGCUGGCGCUAUGAAGUUGGUAACCAGGACCACUCAUUCAUGUUGGGUGUGGAAGCCGCUGACAAUAUUGUCAAUGGCGCUGUCGAGCUGACUCUGAAUUAUCCUGAUUUUGUUAAUGGCCGCAAAAACACCGAGAGACGAUUGACAGAUGGUGGUCAAGUCUUCAAAAAUAAGGCAACACAAAAUGCUGAUGCUGCUGGUGCUGCAAAUGGCGCUGUUGGAUUACCUCAAAAGAACAAGACGACCAACCACCCCGACGCGACUGGCGCUUCAAAUGGUGCUGGUGGCCUACCCACUCGUGAGAGAGCUCCUUCGAAGACUUCAUCAAGCUCACAUGCACGCAAGUCCUCUAAAUCUGUCAAAUAA